AUGAAAAAAACGAAAAGCAAGCAUGUGGCUGUUAAAAAUUUUCAUGUGUGGACUUUUGAGGAGCAGGAGAAAUUGUUGGAAUUCUAUGAAAGAAUCUCGGGAGCCAAGAUGCAUGCCAGUUUCAUACCACCAGGUGGAGUGGCACAAGAUCCGCCUCUUGGCGUAUGUCUAAAUAUUGAUUCCUCCACGCAACAAUUUGCUUCUCGUAUCAACGAAUUAGAAGAGAUGUCAACCGAAAAACCGUAUUUGGAAACAACGAUUAGUGGAUGCAAGAUGAAUAAACUGUAG